AUGGCGGCUGCUCAGCCUUCGGGCUCGAUGGACAUCGCGAGUACUUUAACCCAAGAUGAAAUCCCUUUUAAAUUGCGCUGCGCCAUUUGCAACAAGCUUGCCGUAAACGCCUUCCGUCUUCCGUGUUGUGAUCAAGCGAUUUGUGAAAACUGUCAAGCAUCACUCCCGGACACAUGUCCAGUCUGCGCACACACUCCCAUUUCGUCCGAUCUCUGCAAACCGAACAAGGCCCUCAGGACAACGUUAAAGGCGUUCCUUCGCACGGAAGAGAAGAAGCGGGAGAAGGAGCGACAGGAAAGACAGGCAGCACAGCCUGCUACCUCUGACGAGGCUGCACCUGUGGAGGAGACCUCGAUCAAACAGGACAUCCAACAGGGCUCGAAUACCGUUGAGGAAACCCCCGCAGGGGCGCCGUUACCGGAUACGCAAAACUCUUCGGCACCACAGUCUGCUGAUAUCGCAGUUGCAGAAGCUGCUGAUUCGAACGUCCCCAGCGCGGAACAGAACGGGACGAAUGGGCUAUCCCAGGACGAACAGCCUGAGCAAAUCGCUCCCGAUAUAGCGAGUCAACCGAAUGAUGCGGAACAGAAGGAGAACGUCGAAGGCGACAAAACCGAGAAUGCAGAAAAUACCGAAUCCGCUGAACAACCUGAGCAGGACGCCCAGAAUGGGGUGACAGGCGCUGGUUUUCCCAAUACUAUGGGGUUCAACAUGAAUCCGGGGAUGUUUCCGAACAUGGCGUGGGGCGCAAACCCAAUGGCUCAAUUCAUGGGCAAUGGAAUGAUGGGUUUCCCCAAUCCUAUGGCAAUGGCCGGAAUGGGCAUCGACCCAAUGGCUGCGAGUCAGGGCAUGUUUGGAGGUUACGGGAUGAACAUGAAUGGCAUGAGCAAUGGCAUGAAUAUGGGGAUGGGGAUGUACGGUGGUUGGGACGGCUCGCAGAACAAUAUGUGGAAUGGAAGCCAAGAUAAAUUCAAUCCAAAUGCUUUCGCGAAUGGUAUGGGCGCGCAGUUUGGGGACCCGUCUGGCUUUGGCGGAUAUAAUAUGUCUCAACCGAACGGAGUUCAUCCUCAAAUGCAGCAGCAGCAGUUUCCUAACCAAGACUUCCAGAACGGCUAUCAUGGUCCAGGCAAUUACCGGGGUCGCGGCCGUGGAUACUACUCCGGUGGCCGUGGUCGUGGUGGCUACAGCGGCCAUAUGCAGCCUAGUUUCCCCCAUAAUGCUAACUCUGCGUUUCAAGAUAAUGCCUCUAACGGAGACCAGCCCGCACCUUCACAACCCGAGGAAGGCGCAGCAGAUGCAACGGCUGCUGAUGACACCCAGGUUUCGGAGGGAAAGAACAUGGCAGACGGACCAACUGCAGCUAAUGCAGCCCCCAACGACCCAGCUUCAAAUGACUUAGACGACAAGACCAGUGGUGGUAAUCUGGACACCACGCCUAGCGCUGGUGGCCAACCUGACCAAGCCGUGAACGCGGAAGAUCAGCUGCAGGGCAUUCCCACCAUCGAUAGUCUUAACCAACCGAAUAAUUUCGGAGCCAUGGGUGCACCGGCUCAUAUGCAUCAAGGCUUCAAUAGAGGUGGUGGCUAUAUGCGCGGAGGCUUUCACGGUCGUGGCGGCAGCUUCGGUGGGCAGCAGUUCAUGCCAGGACCAAAUAUGGCGCCCCGAGGACCGGGCGUUGAGGGUGCUCCAGCUGCGCCGAGAGCGAUGAGGCAGGGUCUGCCAAACACUAGCGUUUUCCGGCAGAGGAAUUUCCAGCCAGCCGGCCGUGGCUCCAUCCAGCCCGGCAGAGGCCCUGAAGCUUCAGAUACCCCGCAUACUGAGCCAGCCUCUGAAGAGCAGCCUCAGUCGACAUCCCGAUCUAUCUCUAGAGCAAGAUCGAGGUCCAGGCCAAGGUCGAAAUCCAGAAGCAGGUCUCGAUCUCCCAUGCGAACCCGGUCGAACAGCCGUCGAAGGUACCGUCCGCGCUCUCGGAGCGCUGAGAACAAUGCAGCCGACAUUGAUCGGCCGCGGGAGCGACGAAGAAGGCCUCACGAUGAUAGAGACAGGAUUGCAGAAGACGAGCGCCGCACUCGGUCGCCGUCCAUCGAGUCUCUUAGGUCAUCACGCAGGGACAAGGAACGAGACCAGCGUCGCAGUCGUCGCAGUCGUCGAUCUCACCGUCGGCGCAGCCGCAGCCGCAGCGCAAGUGCUGAUCGCAACGGUGAUAGUCGUGACAAUGAUCGCCUCGCUUCCAUUGCCGAAGAGAGAAGCAGCUCCAAAUCUCGAAGUCGAAAUGAUGAGCCCCUAGAGAGUUCGAGCCAUAUCCACCGGUCUGGAAAGGACCGUUCAAGCCGACGCGAAGAGGAUCGAGAACGGGACAGAGAUGCCCGCCGACGUGACCGGGACCGUGAGCGCGACCGCGAUCGUGACCGAGACCGAGACCGUGACCGUGAUCGUGAUAGAUACCGCGAAAGAGAGAGGGACCGCGAUAGAGAGCGAGAUCGCCCUCGAGACCGAGACCGAGACCGCAAGCGGUCUCGACGGGACCGGUCUGAAUCUGCCGUCGACGAUGAUUAUCAAUCAAGAAAGGCCAAACGAGGCCGUGAAGACGAUGCCCGCGCCUCUACCACUAUCAGAGACCGUCCAAAAGAUACGAAGGACACAAACCCCUCCGAACCCGAGAAAGAUCCUCAUACCCUAGAACGCGAAGCCCGCAAUCGCGAACGUCUGCUCAAAGAACAGCAGCGGCGUGAAGCAAUGCAAGCUGACCGAGACACCGCCAAAUCCAGCCGCCGACGCGACAGCCGUCAGGAACGAGGUGGGCGUCGCCUCAACUACAAAUAUGAUGAUGAGAGCGAUGGCGCGAGGGCAGCGAGGGUUGAAAGGGAGCGAGAGGCGAGCCGGUGGGAAUAA